GCGUGCACUUGUUCCACUGCGCAGGCGCAGACGGCUUUAUUUAUUUCACGACCCGAGACAACCGGAAACUACGAGGCUGUGGACUUGACCGCACUUGUUGUGAUGGCGGCAAGGGCGUGAUCGGCGCGACCCAGCUAUCAUGACCGAGUGCUUCCUGCCACCCAGCAGCAGCCCCGCCGAGCAGCGUCGGGCUGAGCAUCCGGGUGGCGUGGCGCGCACCCCUAGCUCCGAGGAGAUAAGCCCCACCAAGUUUCCAGGGUUGUACCGCACCGGUGACCCAUCGCCACCGCACGAUGGCCUCCACCAUGAGGCGCCAGAUGCGUACGUGUCAGAUGAGGACAAAGAGCACAGCAAGAAGAAGAACAAGUUUAAGAAGAAGGAGAAGCGCACGGAAGGAUAUGCCGCCUUCCAGGAGGACAGCUCGGCAGACGAGGCGGAGAGCCCGUCCAAGAUGAAGCGCUCAAAAGGCAUCCACGUGUUCAAGAAGCCCAGCUUCUCCAAGAAGAAGGAGAAGGACUUCAAGGUGAAGGAGAAGGGCCCCAAAGAGGCAAAAGACAAGAAGUCCAAGGACCUGACAGCUGCCGAUGUGGUGAAACAGUGGAAAGAGAAGAAGAAAAAGAAGAAGCCUGCCACUGGUACCGCCCCUGCCGUUGACGUGGAGACAUUGCCAGCAGAGAUGCCCGCCUUCAGGCCCAUCUUCGGUGCCCCCCUAGCGGAGGCGGUGAAGCGGACUGCGUUAUAUGAUGGCAUCCAGCUGCCCGCAAUCUUCAGGGAGUGUGUGGACUACAUCGAGAACUACGGCAUGAAGUGCGAAGGCAUCUAUCGCGUCUCAGGUAUGAAGUCCAAAGUGGACGAGCUGAAAGCGGCAUAUGACCGGGAGGAGUGCCCGUGCCUGGAGGAGUACGACCCUCACACGGUGGCCAGCCUGCUCAAGCAGUACUUGCGCGAGCUGCCCGACAACCUGCUGGGCCGGGACCUGGGACAGCGCUUCGAGGACGCGUGCGGUCGGCAGGCGGAGGCCGACAAGGUGAGCGAGUUCCAGCGGCUGCUGGCCGAGGCGCCGCCCGAGAGCCGCCUCCUGCUGGGCUGGCUGGUCACGCACAUGGAUCAUGUCAUCGCCAAGGAGGCCGACACCAAGAUGAACAUCCAAAACAUCUCCAUCGUCCUCAACCCCACCAUACAGAUCGGAAACCGGGUCCUCUACAUGUUUUUCACGCACGUGAAGGAGCUGUUCGGUGAUGUAGCCCUGAGGCAGGUGGUGCGCCCGCUCCGCUGGUCCAACAUGGCCACCAUGCCGGCGCUGCCUGAGACUCAGGAUAGCAUCAAAGAGGAGAUUAGGCGACAGGAGUUCCUGCUCAACUGCCUGCACAGGGACCUGCAGGCUGGCGUAAAGGACUUGUCCAAAGAGGAGCGUCUUUGGGAGGUCCAGAGAAUCCUCACAGCUCUCAAGCGUAAGCUGAGGGAGGCCAAGCGACAAGAGUGCGAAACUAAGAUCGCCCAGGAAAUCGCCAGCCUGUCCAAGGAAGACGUUUCCAAAGAAGAGAUGACGGAGAAUGAGGAGGAAGUGGUUAACCUUUUACUGGCACAGGAAAAUGAGAUCCUGACAGAACAAGAGGAGUUAAUCUCUCUGGAGCAAGUAUUGCGCCGACAGAUUGCCGCAGAGAAGGAGGAGAUCGAGAGGCUACGGGCGGAGAUCGCAGAUAUCCAGAGUCGCCAGCAGGGCCGCAGCGAGACCGAGGAGUAUUCUUCGGAGAGUGAGAGCGAAAGUGAGGACGAGGAGGAGCUACAGAUGAUCCUGGAGGACCUUCAGAAGCAAAACGAGGAGCUGGAGAACAAGAACACCCACCUGAACCAGGCCAUCCACGAGGAGCAGGAGGCCAUCUUGGAGCUGCGCGUCCAGCUGCGCCUCCUACAGAGCCACAAGCUGCAGCAUGAGCUUGCUGCGCCGCCGCCGCCGCUGCCGACACCAACAGUAGCUGAGCAAGCCGCACCCACGCAACCCAGCCCGGAAGCCCGAGGCGGUGGCGAGGAGCAAGCCAAGGUUGCCGACAGCAGCACCGGUACCACCGCUGCUGCCUGCGUUGUGGCACCCCCCGGAAAGACAGUGAAGGACCCUCCCAAGCCGUCACCCAGCAAAGAUCGGCGGGAUGGCAACAUGUGAGGCAAAGUUGGAAGAAGAGUGUUCCCUUACCUAAAAAAAAAAAAAAUACAAAUACCAUAGUUUGUACAUCAUUGCUUCAUCUUACAGUGACAUAUUGACCAAAUAAUUACAAAUCUGGAAAGUCCUUGCUGUGGCCUUUUGUACGAUGUGUGAGUCAAUGAGGUUUGUCCCGAACUGAUUGAGGUAGCGGUAAAUGUUGACAUUUAAAAAAAAAAAGUCUUCUUUUACGUCAUUAUUUCAUCAUGAGGCAGCAUAUUGACAAACUACAAAUCUGAGUCCUUGAAUAAGCCUUUUAAAUGACGUGUGAGUUGAUGAGGUUUGUUGUCAAUUUAUUUUGGACCUGCUUAGUCGCAAAUUACAAGUAUAAAAAAAAGAUUGUUUGUCAGUGCUUCAUCUUACUUAUUGACUAAAUAACUACAGGUAUGGGAGGUUCUUGUCAUGGCUUUUAAUUAUGCAUGAGUUGAUGAAGUUUGCAGAAAAUUGAUUUGAGUUAAUGAUGUUUGUUGCUUGACCUGGUUGGUAGUAUUUUGAUCAUUGCUUCAUUUUGGGUCAACAUAUUGACUAAAUAAUUACACAUCUCGAAAGCCCUCGUAAAUUCCUUGAAUAUGACGUCAGCUGGUGAAACUUGUUUUUGAUACAGAUUUUUUUUUUUGGUGGGGGGGGUCAUUUGUUCAUCUUACAAUACAUUGACUAAAUUCUUAAAGAUUUAGAAACACUCGUUGGAUGUAGUCCUAUGGGCAACUCUUGAAAAUUAACGAAACCAAGAAGUCCACAAAUACUCCUCACAUAUAAUAAUAAUAAACAUGUUAGUCUGUCAUAUAUUUUCAUAAAUUCAUAUGUCAACAAUACACUGUGCCAAAAUGAAGACUGAUUAAACAAAACAAAAGCUCUUUGAAUACAUAUGAUAGCUCUAAAUAUUUACAUUGAAGAUAUACGUGGAUUGAAAUGUUUGUAGAAAUAUAUUGUAGGUAACAAAUGGCUGGAAGAAAUGUUACCGUGCAAUCAUCUCCAUGGGAAUUGUCAUGAUGAUUUCUCAUAUAUUUUGCUCUGUAUUUUAUAACACUCUCCUGUUAUGUUCUGGCAAUUUGUUGGAGGCUCGGGUGUGACAUUUCAUAUUUUCAUUUUUUUCCCCCUCUCCGUGUAAAUUAUUUUAUACAUGCAUUAAUUGACUUGUAUGCUUGCUUCUUGUCUCAUGAUCUGUGUUAUUAAAUAACGCUGUGACUGAAA